AUGAGGGCGUGGCAGCGGUGGCAGGACGCUCAGAGCUCACUGCAGAAGAAGAGAGAAGCUGAGGCCAAACUGCUGUGGGCCAACAAGCCGGACAAACUGCAGCAGGCCAAAGACGACAUCACCGAGUGGGAGUCCAGAGUGACGCAGUACGAGAGAGACUUCGACAGAGUGGGCAUGAUGGUGCGCAAAGAGGUGCUGCGCUUCGAGAAGGAGAAGGUGAAGGACUUCAAGAGUCAGAUCAUCAGAUACUUGGAGUCAAUGCUACAGUCUCAACAAAGAUGUGGUGGCAUCUAUAGUGCCACAUGGUUCUCGUCUCCCUUCCUUCCUUACUGUGAGUCGGUGAGGAACACGCCGUGCUCGGACGCCCCUCCCCCGGCCUCCUCGCAGCUCUCCUCGCAGCUCUCCUCGCAGCUCUCCUCGCAGCUCUCCUCGCAGCUCUCCUCGCAGCUCUCCUCGCAGCUCUCCUGUCCCUCGGAGAUCACGGUGGACCCGGAGGGGAGCUACCACGGCAGCACCACGGAGGAGGAGGGCAGCUAUAGCGGCAGCCUGGCCCCUCUGCGCCCGGUGCACGCACACGCACACCCGCUGAAGAGCUUCGCAGUCCCCGCCAUCCCCCCGGGAGCCCACCCCUCCUACGAGAACCCCGCCCUGCCCUGCACGCCCCUGCUCACACAGAGCGGCGCUCCCAGCCACCCCCACGUGGUGAAGACGGCCUCCAUCGGGACCCUGGGCCGGACGCGGACCCCGAUGAUCGUGACGGUGCCCAACGCCCCGGACGUCCCGGAGACCAGCCGGAUGUUGGAGGACGUGGACAGUGUCCUGGCCUCCCUGACGCCCUCCUCCGCCUCGCGCAGUAACGCCCCCCCUCCUGUGCCUCUCCCGCAGAGCUACGAACCCGACGAGCUGACGGAGGAGAUGGCCCACCUGGAGGGCCUCAUGAAAGACCUGAACGCAAUCACCACCGCGCCCUAG